AUGUCCAGAAUACUGUUAAAUAAUAACUUCAAAUUGCUCAAAGUGCGCAGUUUGGGCCACGAAUCGGUGGUGGACCGAUUGUGUUACGACGAGCUCGACUCCAACACCGAAGUGGCAGAAUUCAGAAAGAAAAUCGUCUCUGCCAUACUAGCAAAUGAACUGUACAAAUCGCACAAUUCAGGGCUGCUCAUACCCACCAGCUCUCGAUUCUAUAGCCACGGACGAUCAAUGAGCGAUAAGCCGGACUUUGCAGACGUGCUCCGACAUCUGGAGCUCAAACUGCGGAUUAAGGAGUUUGAGUGCGAAGAGAGACAUCUCAAGAUGGGCGCCAUCAGAUUCAAACUGCUCAACGUGAUACCGUACCAGAUCAUGAUUUUCAUCGAGAUCGAGCCGGGAACGGUCUUGCUGAUGGCCAGAAUGCUGCCAAAACUGUACCAGGUCGCCACAGACUUCCUGGUGAACGACAUUGGAUCUCUGAUCAGUCCGGUCGAACUCAGCGAUGUAUUCCUCAAAAACACGCUCAAUUCCACAAUCGAAGAGCUCGGCUCGUCGUUGGUCGGCGAGCUCGAGCUGGCGUUCGCAAACAUCAAAACAACCAACAAUGCGCUCAAUCAAAUAAUCAUCAACGUUCCAGCGACCGACGUGGACAAGUUUCCGAAAACCGACUUCACCACGUCUUUGUUUGGCUACCUCCGCAAAAGUACAGCGCUAGACUUCGAACAGCUGCGACUCACGAAAAUCCGGUGCAACCUUUAUUUAUUUUUGUCCGAAGGGCGUCUUCGGUUCACCAACGAGCUCUCGUUCGCUCCGUUUUUUGAUGAAUCCGACCCGCGGCCCUCGCUGUGGCCGUUUGUGCUGUCAAUAUGCGACCUGUGUAUGUCCAAAUGA